AAGCUUUCUUUUCCGGUGGUGUUCUUGAAGUGAAUACCACUGUUGCGGACUUUUAGUUAAAUUAAAAAUGGCUUUCGUGAAAGUGGUGAAGAAUAAGCAGUACUUCAAGAGAUUCCAAGUUAAGUUCAAGAGGCGUCGUGAGGGUAAAACCGACUACUAUGCCCGCAAGCGUCUUGUCGUUCAGGACAAGAACAAGUACAACACCCCCAAGUACCGCCUGAUCGUGCGUCUCUCCAACAAAGAUGUGACCUGCCAGGUCGCCUACUCCCGCAUUGAGGGAGACCACAUUGUAUGCGCCGCAUACUCCCACGAACUGCCGCGUUACGGCGUCAAGGUCGGUCUUACAAACUAUGCCGCCUCCUACUGCACUGGUCUGUUGCUGGCUCGACGACUGCUGCAGAGGCUAGGCCUCGACUCCCUGUAUGUGGGUGCCACACAAGUCACUGGUGACGAGUUCCAUGUACCAGAGUCUAGUGGACCCAGCGCUUUCAGAUGUUACCUGGACGUGGGUCUGGCUCGCACCACUACUGGAGCAAGAGUGUUUGGAGCCAUGAAGGGUGCCGUUGACGGUGGCCUGAAUGUACCUCACUCUGUCAAAAGAUUCCCUGGUUAUGAUGCAGAGGCAAAGAAAUUCAAUGCCGAUGUUCAUAGGUCACACAUCUUUGGUCUACAUGUUGCCGACUACAUGCGCAACUUGGAGCAGGAUGAUGAUGAUGCAUUCAAGAGACAGUUCGGCAAAUACAUCAAGAAUGGUGUAAAUGCUGAUGCGAUCGAAACCAUCUACCAGAAAGCACAUGAAGCCAUCCGUGCUAACCCAUCACACAAAAAGAAGGAAAGCAAGGACCCGGCCAAGCAGAAACGCUGGAACAAACGCAAGCUCACGGUGGCCGAGAGGAAGAACAGGAUCAAGCAGAAGAAGGAUUCCUUCAUCAAGCGUCUGCAGAACCAGGCAGAAGCUUAGUGGCAUGUAAAAGUAUAUCAAUAAAUGCCAUUGGAGUCGA